CCAGCUGCGUACCAGGACCGCAUGUCGACCCUCAGCCAUCCACAUCUGCGUACCUUCGUGCGCAAUGCCCCGUCUUCCUGCCGCGUGGGCGCGAGGACGCGCACCCAGCUCUUGAGCACUACUCGCGCCAAGUCCACCAAGGCCACGAAGACUCCGGCCUCCAAGGCACCUAAGACCAGCACGAGCAGUGCUCCGCCUUCCCAGGUUGAGAAGGAGACGCUUCCGUGGCAGGAGUAUCUGUCCAUUCGCAAGCAAAAGAGGAGAUGGGAAACGGCCGUGACUAUCCCUGCCACAGCCCUAGGGUUCUUUGCGGGUAUCUCAUAUUUUGGGAACAUGGAAAUGGACCCUAGCAAGCCUAUAUUCAACAUCGACCCUAUGUUCGUAUACGGCGGUGCGACUCUAGGCUGCGCAGGAUUGGGUUACCUUCUCGGUCCAGUCAUCGGCUCUUCUAUAUGGCGUUUGACCCACCGCCGGACGAUGAAGCUCAUUGAGCAGCGCGACAAAGAGUUCCAUCAACACAUAGUCAAGAACAGGGUCGAUCCCACUGCUCAGAGUGCGACCAACCCUGUCCCAGAUUACUACGGCGAGAAAAUUGGCUCUCUACAUGCCUACAGACAGUGGCUGCGGGACCAGUCAAAAUUCCGCAAGAAGGCCUCUGGGUUCCUCUCUGAAGACUAGACUCUGCUUGUCAGCUGUCCUGAUAUACUACGCCUAAUCCACUCCCUAUUCUGCCC